ACCAGAGACAUAUUCACAAGACGGAUUGAGCAAACCUGAGAUAAACUCACAAAAUAGAUUAAGCAAACUAGGGACAUAUUCACGAGAUGAAUUGAGCAAACCAGAUUUAUAUUCACAAAAUGGAUUGAGAAAACUAGAGACAAAAUCACAAAAUGGACCAAGCAAACCAGAGACAUAUUCACAAAAUGGAUUGAGCAAACCAGAGACAUAUUCACAAGAUGGAUUGAGCAAAACUGAAGCAAGUUCACAAAAUGGAUUAAACAAACCUGGAACAUAUCCGCCAAAUGGAUUAAGGAAACCAAAGACAUAUUUCAAAAUAGCACAUGAAGGAACACAUGUAUACAAACCUAAACCUUGUGAAAAAUGUUUUACAUACCCAAACUGGUUAAUGAUUGAUGAAUACGAUCGACGUACUGGCGAAAAACCAUGGAAAAGAUAUUUUUGUGAAAAAUGUUACAUACCCAAAAAUUAUCUAUUAAAACAACAUGAAAAAACACAUAACAGUAAAAAACAACUAAAAUUUAUAAAGAAAACGAAAAAACUAAAAUUUGUAAAUCAUUGUGAAAAAUGUAUUACUGACAAAAAUACAAAAAACAACCACGGUAAACAACUACGCAAAUGUAUACACCGUUAAGCUUUGUAUUUAGUAAAAGGUUUGAGUAAUAUGUAAGCGGAAUUAAGUGCCAAAGUUUUAUCAAUAAAACAUGAGAACUUAAACACUCAACAAGAAUGUGUGAUAUUAUUCAUGAAAAUGUGACAAUAAAUGAAAAGUUAUCAUGUUUUAAUUUCAAUGAUUUUGGCAGAGUUGAAGUGCAUCCUUUCUUGAUAGUUCUGCGGGAGAUACACUAGACUGCAAAAAUAAUCGAAAGACGAACAGGUCUUGCCCUCAUCCCUCCAAUUCCUUACAGAAAAACGUACCUGGAGUGAUUGGACACCUUCAGACCACGAUGUGUUCCAGUAUCCAUCUUCCCAGAGGUCACUUUGAAGUCUUUGUCCAUCAGCAUGACGUCACGAAUGCGGCCAUUUUGGUCGUGGAGAUAGGCGAUAAAAGUGUCCUUCACAACAAGCCACCUGAAUUCAGGGAACAAGGAACCAAUAUAAAAUAACCUUAUCUAUGUGAGGAAUCAAAUGGUAGCCAUAUUUCUAAAUGUAAAAUAGAACGGAAAGGGAAAAUUUGAGCAAGGAUUAACAUGAACGGCUGUGUCAAACAAAAUCCAGAUCACAAUAUCGAAAUGUGAUAUUUCAUUCUUUUUAUUGAAAUGAACAGAGCUUGUUUGAGUCCAACAACUUGAAAAGUACAUAGUACAUAAGUCAGUAACACCAAUAAAAAAA